AUGGUGCGCCAGUUCCGACACGCCUCCCGACCCCCUGUUGCAGCGAAACGUUUCCGCAAAAUUUCUCAGGUCAACACUACUUUCACCCUUAUUGUGUCAGCACAACUCCUAAACGGCACAGCCGAUGACGAAUGUUUGAAUGCUAAGACUGACUAUGCACCCAAGAAGCCUGCAGGACAACGCCGCAGGUUUACGCGGUAUCGCCAAGCCUGUCAGGCAGAGGCCGAGAGUGUACCUACUUCGGGACAGAUUCUGACCGACGUUGAGUGGGUUCAAAGCUCCUUCGUUCGACCGAGUUGGGCUGCUUUAGGAAGGUCCAUUGCCUUUCCCCAAUCGUUGCCAAAGGGCUCCGACUUUUUUAAACCUCCUCCACCAUGGACAUGGAAAGUAGGUUGGAAGAGGAACAGAACCGUUUCCAUUUUGCACGAAGUGUGGCGGGGUCAAAAAGACCAAACUGCUGGCAGCGACUCGCCCGCCAGGCUUCCCCGUGAGGCGACCCUCGCCGAAUCAUGGAGUCAAUCUCCACCGGUUCCACAGGGCUCCUUGGACUCCACUGCACAACCAACCUCACCGGAGCCUCCAGUCCCUCCAGGACCCCUAGAUGCGCCACCUGACCUGGACCCUCCGCCCAAUCUGUUCCCCUCGCCUAACCUGGACCCCCCACUUCCAGAGCCAGACUCCCAACAUCGUUUGAAGUUGAAAGUGGCCAAGAGGAAGGCGUCUGUGCCGGGGAAGGAGGCUGCUUCGAAGCCUCAGGCGGACGCCCCGGCGAGGCGGUCAAGACGUCGCGCCUCCCCGUCUGCGACGCCAGGCCCGAGCGACGCCCGUCCAGCGCCGGUGAGGAAGCCAAGGCGUCGAACCCCCAAGUCACCGCCGGGGAGCCGAGCCACCCUGGCCACCAGGCUGCAGAUGACCAUGGCUUUGGUGGACGAGAACAGAGACCUGCGCUGCUCCAAGUGCGACAUUAGGUUCGGCAGCCCCAGAGACCUCGCAGGUCACUUGCGGCAGCACAAUGCCAAACGGCCCUUCCAGUGUGACGAGUGCGGCCGAAGCUUCGCGGAGUAUUGGAACCUACGGAUGCACCAGUUCAUCCACACUGGUGAAAAGCCGUUCCAGUGCAAGGUGUGCUCCAAGAAGUUCCGAGCCAAGGACAGCCUCAGGCAGCACAUGACGCUGCAUUCCGGAGAAAUGCGUUACGCGUGUGAGAGCUGUGGAAAGAAGUUCAAGUUCCGGUCGUCGCAGCACCGGCACAGGAAGUCCUGCCCUGCGAAUCAAUCGUAGCGUUCCUUGUUUGGUUCGGAGCAUAGGGUCUCCUAUGCUACUGGAACCACUAUGUAGUCUUGCUCUUCCAUUAUAAGUUUCUAUUUCUGAACUGUCUUACAUUUUCCGUCAUGUACAAUGACUGGUAACGACGUUCUAUUUUGUUUCUUUUCAAGUAUUGGUGAUCAUGCCACAUGAUACUGGCAUCAUUCUACAUGAUGGUAUGGCAGCCGCCACGGUAAAUUUAAAUGUAACACGCUUUCGAUGCGAAACACGAAGUCUCACUAUUUCUCUUAAAAAGGUGUCUCACUUAUUUUUUUUUGUGUUUUCUAUGAAUCGACCGAUUGUGGGUUUUCAUAUUCUCAGCUUAUCUAAUUGAAAUAAAGUUUUGUUUUGCUUGCAUUGUUA